AUGGCCUCCUGUGUUCAAGAGGAAGAAGCUAGGGGGCUCAAGCGCCACUGCAAUGACAUGGGGACGCUCAUGGCGGCUCUCGUUAAGUAUACUGACUCUGAUAGUACCAAGGACCCCGAAUCUGAUGAUGACAAGCCGAGGAAGGGAAGGAAGAGCAGCAACGUUAAGGGGCAGCAGUAUAACCUGGGAGGCAAUGCCAUGGGCCAGGUGGUGGUUCUGGCCCCGGCUCUCACGGUCCGGGUUAUGGCGGUGGCGGUUCUAACUCUGGAUUCCAAGGAAACCAAGGUGCUCUUUCGUUGCCACCACCGCCGCUGUCCGAGGGGAGACGUCGCCGCCGCCGAGGGGAGACGCCGCCACCCUGGGGAGACGCCACCGCCUCCCUUGGCGCCGUAUUCCCUCGACGCGUUCUUCCGGAAUGCCGCGGAGAAGAAGACCGCCGGGGCGCAGCAGGAGGAGCCCUCGCCGCCGGCCGCCGCGGACUCCCUCCUCGCCAAUCUGUUCGCGGGCGUCUCGGCCGUCAAGGCGGCCUACGCGCAGCUGAAGCUCGCGCAGUUCCCCUAUGAUGCGGAGGCCAUUCAGUCCGCGGACGCUGCCGUGGUCGCGGAGCUCACCAAGUUGUCCGAGACCAAGAGGAGGUUCCUCAAGGAUCCCGCAGGCGCGGCCAGGGACGCCGCGGCCGCGGGCAACACCGCCCUCUCCGCGCAUGCUGAGGAGCAGCAGCAUCUGCUCAAGACGUACCAGAUCACGGCGCGCAAGCUGGAGGCGGAGCUUCGUGCGAAGGAUGCGGAGCUCGACCGCGCCAAAGGAUCCCUCGAUGCGGAUAACAUAAGCUCUUCUUUUUUCUUUUGUGUUUGAAUCAGAUUUGGUGGUCUCCAUUUUACAGGCAUCUAUUGAUCUUGGUCUUGUUCUAUAUGCAGGGUACACUCAAUGUUUCACGUUUGGUGAAAGAAAAGAGUCUGAUUUGUUGAUUUUGUGCAAGAUUGUAUGAUCUUCCAUGUAUUAGUAGAUCAGUUGCUUCUCUUUGUAGGGGGCGAUUACUGAUCCAACCUAAUUUAUUUCAUAUAUGCCCAACUUGGUUCGAUCGAAUUUGCCAUAUAGUAGGCUUAUGAAUGUGUUUUAGUUUCUUUCAGCUGAAUAUAUAUCAGUCAUGUUUUACUGGCAUUUUAUCUUUCAAGAUGAAGGAGCGGAGUUACUCAUGCGGAGCUGUUCAGGGUUCAAGGAGAUACACCCGAUUGAACAAGGUUGCAGCAGAAACUCAAGUCCAACAAUGUUCUUAGAGGCUUGUGAGUUGUUGGGCGUGAAGCCUGAAGAUAUUGUGCUCAGUCUACAUGACUAAUCGGGUCCUUUGUUGAUGACUUUGGAUCAUCAUUUAUUCCGAAAUGAGCUGAAUAUGGUUGCCUCCCUCCGUUCCAUGAGGAAAAGCUCUCCGCGAGGGCAAGAUCAGGAGCAUGAUGGAGACAGUAAGCUUGCAGCCCAUAGUGGAUGGCCAGUGUAGCGUGCCAUCCAAACCUGUCAUCUGAUGAAGUCGGUUUGGUUAUGGGAAGCAUCUUUGUCAACCGCUAUUCAUGUGCAUAAUUAAUUGAUUUGUUCAUCGUGGAGAUAGUUUUACUGGAAGGCUGUUGGCUUCCCCACAGGGUCCUUCGUUGAUGACUUUGGAUCAUCAUUUAUUCCGAAAUGAGCUGAAUAUGGUCGCCUCCCUCCGUUCCAUGAGGAAGUUAGUUCAAUGCGUUAAUCCCUGUUCCUUACAUGUGUGGUUUGCUUUGUUCUAUUCUUACAAUGAUGGAGACAGUAAGUCAUAGAUGUUAUCACUACUGCAAAUCUCAAACAUGUUUUGGCUUAUUCAAAGAUCACACAUGUUUCUUUCCCCAACAUCUAUUCCUAUUGCUCCAUUGACCUGAUUCUGAGUAUUUCCAUGUUAAAAAAUGAUGUUUCCAAACGAUGUAGGAUCAAUGGAAGUAAAUAUCCAAUGUUCCAGGUUAUGCACAACUCAACAUUUGACCUUUGUUAUUUGUAGGAGCAUCUCAUCUUGAAUACUGGUUCUUAGAGCAUUGUUCUCCAGCCCUUAUUUGCUUAACUUACUACAAUAUGCUCCUAAGACACAAAUUAUUCUUGUAUGUGUGUACGCUUACUUAGACACACUCCCCUACCUGAACCCUCAAUUCAUGUUGCAUCUUCUGAAUUCUUGUUUCUAUAUUGGUAUUUUUUUAGAAGUAUUUUUUCGGCAAAUGUUAACGACAGCUGAUAUCUAAGGUAAAAGUCCAGGAAGUUUUAUGUAAUAUGGCAUAUAUGUCGACAAAAGGUACAGUAGUGAAGUGAGAAUAAAGGGUGCAUUCUAUAUAAACUAAAAAUAGUAGUACUAGGAUUUUUUUAAAGAAUUGGUACAUUUAACAGAUAGAGGUUUGCGCGCGAGCUAUGGUACUAUGCAGUGUAAGUACGACUUGUUUUGGUAUGAGUGUACUCUCGAGAAGGUUUGCGCAAAAACCUUCUUCAUGGUCCUAAGUCAAUGGUAUACGGUUAUCCAGUAAUACUUGUUCUAGGAAGGCUAACCUUGGAUACAGUGACUUUUUAUAAGGUACUUUUGGUGUUUAACUCUGAUAGCUUUCACAUGUAGUGGUUCCAAGAACUUUGAUAUCACCCUUUACCUUGUAUUUGCGCAGUAGACAUAAACCUUCUGCAACUUACUACUCGAGGACAAAGAUUGUUAGCCAAUUUUUCAUGACUCGGCUCUAAAGCUAUUUUGUUCUUUACAGCCUUAUUUAUAUUUUUUUGACCUGGUUAUAUUUAUUGGUUGGUAUUAUUAUUAAAAAAAUUCGAGAAAGCGCAAAGCGAUUUUGCGUUUCAUUGCAUUGAAAAGGUGGGAAAGUACAUGCCUCCUAGGAGGUUAUAUUUAUAGGGUCCUAGCUGGUUGGUUGGUAUUAUUUUAUUCUUUUGGAUUACACAUCCUCUUCUUUUGCUAAAUAACAGCGAUUCUAGAUUGUGGAAUCCUUGAAAGGUUCUUUUUUAUUAACACAAUCUUGUUUUAGUUUAACAAAAUCAUGGCCGGAAUGACACUAGGACCCAGUAUCAUGCCAACCAUUAGAUGAUCAAGAAGUUCAAGCUAUGCGUGGUGGUGGUUGGAGGGCAACUAGAGCAGCGGCUUGUGACGAGGCAUGGCUAGCGGCGGCUAGAGGCGGAGCUGGUCGUGCGGUUUAUGGCCGACAUGGGGCUUGUCGGAGCCGAGGCCGACCACGGCGUGACAAGGCGGCUGGGAUAGGCGAGACGAGGGAGAGGGAGCCGGAGGGAGGAGAGGUCGGGUGGUGGCAUGGCUUGCCUCACCGGUGGCUGCGUGUGGUGUGUGUGUGUUGUGUCUGGGUGGGGGAGGGGGAAGAUAGAGGGACCACGUGGUGUUUUUUAGUUGGACAUGCAAAGGUCCAAACUGCUACACAGCUCCUCCAGAUUUGUUCUGGUUUGCGGGAAAAUGAUAGUUUGGAAUGCUCUGCGGACCGACAGGGGGCCUCAUUGGAUGACAAAAGUCGACAAAUAUGGUCAAGGGCGAGGCAGGGAGGCCAAGGGCGAAGUGUUGUGGGUGCUUCAUUCGGAUAGAAGUCAAGGGCUGACUCCUAAAUAUCUUGCAGGCCUAAAGUUAUGUUAUUGGUUGCUACAGGUCACCACAUCCACUUCCUAGGGCCGCAAGCGGCAAUGGUGAGGAGGUGAGUGACAACAGGAGGCUAAGGUGAAACUGAUGAGAAGUAGUGUCGCUUCCUCAAUUAUGUGUAUGGAGAAGGGAAAAGUGUGGGUAGCUUUGAGGAUGCUAUUGGCAUAAUUACUUUUCCUCGAGAGCAGAGUUUCUGAAGUGUAUGGAGACGAGAAAGGAAACAGAGAAGUGGCCGGAUGGGCAAUCAACUUUUUUUUAGAAGAUGGAUGGGCAAUCAACUCAUCUGUUGAUUGGAUUGGGGGGUGGCAUGAACAAAGUAAAGGUGAAGAAAGCAAGCUGGACGCUAGGUGGCGGCACCAACAGGGGAAGUGUCAGGCGUGAACCAAACAUCUAUGGCUUGUUGCUUUGAAUCUUGCCGGUCUAGGCAAGGUUUGCUCUUGUCACGAUGCAAUGAUCAACCUCUAAGAAAUUCUUGCGUACAUGUCUUUUAGUUCUAUUUUCCCCCUCA